CUCCCUCCCUCCCUCGCCCGGCCGCGUUUGGCCUUGUCGGCGUCAGCGGCAGCUGUCGCUGCGGCGUAGGAAGCGAAGCGGUCUGGCGGCGGCUGUGGUGAGGUCUCUCCAAAGCCAGUCGGGCUCGGCCCUCUCGCUCUUCCUUCUCGUCUUCGUCAAGGGGGCCCCUGGUGGCCUCGAGGAGAAACCACGGGCGUUCUGGGCCGGUGGUGGCGGCGGCAGGUGGGGGCCACUGCUGCUGCCGCCGCGAGCCCCGCCCCUCCAGCAGAAAUGUCCAUUCUGAAAGAUGUGCUGCAAGACUUCAUUUGUGUUUGACUAUUGGUACUUAAAACUGGAAAGGAAAACACAUAAUGGCAGUUCUCCAUCCUUUUGUGUCACCAGUGGUGGCUGAGCUGAAAUUUCCUGCAUCCUAAAGAAGAGUAUGUAUAAAAGGAAUGGCCUCAUGGCCAACGUGACAGUGACCUCCGCCACACCAGAGGGCAGCAGCAGUUCUGACUCUCUGGAAGGACGGAGUUCAGAUUAUGCCCAUAAAAGCUAUGAUGCAGUUGUGUUUGACGUAUUGAAAGUAACUCCAGAGGAGUUUGCAAGUCAGAUUACAUUGAUGGAUAUGCCUGUGUUUAAAGCUAUUCAGCCAGAGGAACUAGCAAGUUGUGGAUGGAAUAAGAAGGAAAAACACAUACUUGCCCCCAAUGUUGUUGCCUUUACAAGGAGGUUUAAUCAGGUCAGUUUUUGGGUCGUACGAGAAAUUUUAACAGCACAGACAUUAAAAAUAAGGGCAGAAAUAUUGAGCCAUUUUGUGAAAAUAGCAAAGAAACUUCUAGAACUGAACAACCUUCAUUCCCUCAUGUCUGUGGUAUCAGCUCUGCAAAGCGCACCUAUUUUCAGACUGACAAAAACAUGGGCACUUUUGAAUCGCAAAGACAAGGCCACCUUUGAGAAGCUAGACUACUUAACGUCUAAGGAAGAUAAUUAUAAGAGGAUGCGGGAAUAUAUCAGAUGUUUAAAGAUGGUCCCCUGUAUUCCUUAUCUAGGGAUUUAUUUGUUGGAUUUAAUCUACAUUGAUUCAGCAUAUCCUGCUUCAGGCAGCAUCAUGGAGAACGAACAAAGAUCCAAUCAAAUGAACAAUAUCCUCCGAAUAAUUGCUGAUUUGCAAGUCUCCUGUAGCUACGAUCACCUUAUAACGUUACCCCAUGUGCAAAAAUACUUAAAGUCUGUCCGGUACAUUGAAGAGCUUCAAAAGUUUGUGGAAGACGACAACUACAAAUUAUCCUUAAGAAUUGAGCCAGGAAACAGCUCUCCACGACUGGUAUCUUCAAAGGAAGAUCUUGCAGGUCCGUCAGAGGUGUCAGCAGCUAUGAGGUUCAGCAGGAGACCAACUUGUCCUGAUGCCUCGGUGGCAGCCAGCCUGCCAACUCCUCCUGUACCACGACACAGGAAGAGUCACAGCCUGGGAAACAAUAUGAUGUGUCAGUUCAGUGUAGUUGAAAGUAAAAGCGCAACGUUCCCAACAGAGAAACCACGCCACCUGCUGGAUGACAGUGUGCUAGAGUCCCACAGUCCUGUCAGAAACAACACAUUAAACUCUGUUUUCACCAAUGGUAUUUCCAUAGGAAGCAGCGAAAGCUCAGAAUUUAGUGAGGAGCCUUCUUCAGGACUUGAAAGGGGUCGGUUGUACGCCACGCUGGGGCCCAACUGGCGGGUACCAAUUCGGAAUUCUCCCAGAAGUCGGAGCUGUGUCUACAGUCCAACAGGUGCCUGCAGCUGCGCAUCAGGGAGUUCCGUGGGGGUUGUUACCAUGGAAGGGCCUUUAAGAAGAAAGACAUUACUAAAAGAAGGCAGGAAGCCUACACUUUCCUCCUGGACUAGAUAUUGGGUAACCCUUUCAGGAUCUACUCUGAUCUACUUUGGAGCAAAGUCAUUAAGAGGCACUGAAAGAAAGCAUUAUAAAUCUACUCCGGGGAAAAAGGUUUCUAUUGUGGGCUGGAUGGUAGCACUGCCUGAUGACCCUGAACACCCUGAUAUUUUUCAGCUAAACAACCCAGAUAAAGGCAAUGUUUACAAGUUUCAGACUGGUUCAAGGUUUCAUGCAAUACUGUGGCACAAACAUUUGGAUGACGCAUGCAGAAGCAACAGGCCUCAGGUACCUGCAAACCUUAUGUCAUUUGAAUAACGUGCUCCAGUAUGUGAUGUGACUUCAAGUGCCAAACUGCAGGAUGGGAAAAUCAUUCCCACAGGAAAAUGGAGGAAGGGGACUCUAGAAUGAGCCAGCUGUCUGUAACAGUGACUUCAGCACUUUUCUUAUAUAACUUGAAAGUAAUUAUGACACAGCUUCUAAAAGCAGAAAGUGAAUGUUGUCCUUAGGACAGGAUCUAACUCAAUGCACUGAUGAGAGAGGUGUUUUAGACUGAUUGAAGAUACAACCUGCUUAGUGCAGGAUCCUUGACUUUAGCUUUGUGGUCACAGACUACCGUGGAUUUCUGUUCUGCCACAAACUGUGCAUCACAUCUUCUGCGGAUUUUUAUUUUAUUUUAUCUGCUCUUUUUAUUGUUGAGCUGCUUUAUGUGACUGAAGAACAUUUAGCCCAUGUUGGGUUUUCAAUUAUUUCUAAUGCACAAAAUGAUGACAGUGUUAACUUUGCUGCAAAGUGUCAAUUAGAAUAGGACAUUGUGGAACAACGUUUUUAUAACCUUAAGUGCACUGAGUUGCUUGGCAAUGUGGCUGCCUCAGAUUUUGUAUCAAACAUAGGGACAAACCAAUGUUCAUACCUGAGCUAUUUGAGAAAUGUGUAUUUUGGCACAAGAUAAACCACCUUCAAUUUA